CGCCGCCACCGCCGCCGCCAUCUCCGUCGGAUGCCUGAAGAUUAGCACGCGGCGCCGCCGUCAAAUCGAUUCUUUCUUCCACGGCCCGCGGCCACGAGAUGGGGGCAUGCAAGACGGCGUCUACGUGUUCCCCGGAUGAGGCUCAAGGUACACAUGUGUUCAAUAUCUUGGGUUACAGCAAGCACAGGGGCAUGGGCAGCAAACACGAUUGCUACAUAAGAUCCAAGAGUUUCACUGUCGGCGGCCUCGACUGGGCCAUCCGCUUCUACCCUGAUGGUCUCGAAACGCAAGACCACAUCUCAGUUUAUCUCGAGCUUCUGAGCAAGAGGACUAAAGUACGGGCAUCUUGCGACCUGAGGCUUGUCGAUCAGUGCACCGGAUUAUCGUCUUCCGUGCAUAAAACAGGGCCUAGGCUUUUCAGUUUCGAUGAUUCCACUCGGUUUGCUCCACAGUUCUCCGAGUUGAAAAAACGAAGCGAGAUCGAGGGUGAGGGGUCAGUCUACCUUAGGGAUGAUCGCCUGACCAUCGAAUGCAUGGUCACUGUUAUGGAAAAGCCGCAUGUUGCUGAUACCAAACCAUUCCCCAAGAUCGACGUGCCGCCUUCUGACAUGACUGCGGACGUUGGCAGGCUGCUGGAAGAAAAGGAGGGGUUUGAUGUCACUUUCAUUGUUGGAGGAGAGACCAUUGAAGCGCAUAGGUUUGUUCUUGCUAUGCGGUCGCCUGUUCUGAAAGCAGAGCUCUAUGGGCCGAUGAGGGAGGCGAGGCCGGGGCAGUACAUAACCAUCGAGGACAUGCAACCUGCCGUUUUCAAGGCCCUGCUCCAUUUCAUAUAUACAGACUCUUUGCCUAGAGACACGGAUCUUGAGGGACAUAAGGACACUGACAUGGUCCAACUUUUGCUAGUGGCUGCAGAUAAAUAUGCAUUGGAGAGGCUCAAGCUGGUUUGCCAAAGCAUCCUUUGUGAGGGUCUCAACGUGGACACCGUGGCAAUGACAUUGGCUUUAGCUGACCAACAUAACUGCCACAAGCUUAAGGAUGCUUGCCUUGAAUUUAUGGAAAUCUCAGAUGACAUGGAUGCUGUGGUGGCAACCCAAGGCUUCAAGGAUCUCAAGGCGACCUGCCCAUCUCUCAUAGUGGACGCGUUGGAGAAGAGAAGAAAGUUUCGUAAAGCAUGAGCAGCUACAAUGGUAGAACUGCAAAAUCAUAUAAACUGCUUGUAGGUAUUUGAAAAAUUUCUCGUACCCACUUGCCAUAGGGAUGGCAAGCUCAAUGUUAGAUGGAUCUAAGGGUUAAUUCUCAAGUGAUAUGAAUGAUGUGAAAGUUCUCUCAGAUCAACCCAGAUUUGUGUUCAUCACAUUGCUGAUUUUAUCAGGAGUGCUUCCCUGCAA